AUGGAGGAGUUGAGGGAAAAGUAUCCCGACUACGAAGAAAUGGAUAUAGAAACUUUAGAUAGCGAAUUACCGUACCUUGUCACGGAUCUUAUGGAAAGUGAAACUGCUGAGGAGACCCAGGAUAUCGACGAGGAAAUUAAUUACAUACAGGAACUAAGGAGAAGAAAAAUGUUAAGUGAAGACCUUACACGAGAACAAUUAGCUGAGAAAUACCCUGACCUAUCUAAUCUGUCAUACGAUGAUCUAAUGGAUAGGGGAGACAGACUGUUAAAUGAAUUAAUACUAUCCAAUUUGGACGAAUACAGUUUCAAAGAAAAGUCGGAAGAACUGAGAUACAUCAGAAUGCUAUCAAAUGAUUACCAAAGAGAGUCAAACUUAAAUAAACUUCUCAACUUAAGAGAUAAGGUAAAAAAGAGGGAUCUCAUUAAACGGGAUGAUCUUAGGAGACUGCAGAGGCUUAGGUUAUGGGCAAGGGAGAAUGCAGGCAUCUUAUCAGCUGUUAUAAUUUCCUCAUCAGCUAUAAUCAUAGGACUGGUAGCAUCAACUAGAAACAUAUUAUGGAAAGUAGGUGACACAACAGAAAAGCUCGAUAAGAGGAUCAGUCAGUUGGUGGACAACCAAAUAGAACUACCACCUGUAUUCCAGAAGAUAGCUGAUGGAGUAGAGCUAGCAGCGGAUAAUAUAUGGAUAAUCAUUAUAUGUGCAGCAGUAGUUUUAUUAUACAAAUACCAGCUACGCUGGUAG